GAAAUUCAAACAUUAAACAAUCAACAAUCCAUCCACUCUCCACCAUACCCAUUUCCUCCUUUGUCUCUCCUUCGAUCACCUCAUUCUUUUCUACUCCAAACUGUGUGAAUUGAUGAUCUAUCAUUGGAUGAAGAAAAUGUUGUGGGGGGUAACUUUGAUUGUUUGAUGGGCAAUACAUGCGGUGGAUCUAACGAGGGGAAUCUUUAUAAGGGCAACGAUAAUCAGCCCGAGGAUAUAUAUUCGAAGCAUAGUAGUAAAGCUUCUUCGAGUUUGAGUAUUCCCCCUAAGCCAUUAGUUCCCCCACAAUCCGUCGAAGAAACUGCGAAAACCAAUAACCGUUUGGCUGAUAUUUUCUCGAACAAGCAAGGAAACAUCAUGAAACACGGUAGUGAUGAUCAGACCUAUUUUGUUAUGGGUCAUAAGACUCCCAACAUCCGCGACCUUUACACUUUAGGCCCUAAGUUAGGACAAGGACAGUUCGGGACUACGUAUUUGUGUACCGAGCUUUCUACGGGGAUUGACUACGCCUGCAAGUCGAUAUCGAAGAGGAAGUUGGUUGCCAAGGAGGAUGUGGAUGAUGUUAGGAGGGAGAUUCAGAUAAUGUAUCAUUUGGCCGGUCAUAAGAACAUCGUGACGAUUCAAGGUGCGUAUGAGGAUUCUUUGUACGUGCAUAUCGUGAUGGAGCUUUGCUCUGGAGGCGAGUUGUUCGAUCGUAUUAUCCAGAGGGGGCAUUACACCGAGAGGAAGGCGGCUGAAUUGACGAGGAUCAUUGUUGGGGUUGUCGAGGCUUGUCAUUCGCUCGGGGUUAUGCAUAGAGAUUUGAAGCCUGAGAAUUUCUUGUUAGUUAACAAGGACAAUGAUUUCUCUCUCAAGGCUAUCGAUUUCGGACUCUCUAUAUUCUUUAAACCAGGACAAGUUUUUACCGAUGUGGUUGGAAGCCCAUAUUACGUUGCUCCUGAAGUACUCAAAAAAAAUUAUGGACCGGAAGCGGACGUAUGGACUGCAGGAGUUAUACUCUAUAUACUGCUAAGUGGCGUGCCGCCAUUUUGGGCAGAAACACAGCAAGGAAUAUUUAAUGCCGUGUUGAAAGGGUAUAUCGACUUCAAUUCAGAUCCAUGGCCCCUGAUAUCUGAUAGUGCAAAGGACCUAAUUCGGAAGAUGUUAUGCUCUCAACCUUCACAGCGCCUCACUGCUCAUGAAGUAUUAUGUCAUCCUUGGAUUUGCGAAAAUGGGGUUGCCCCAGAUAGGGCACUCGAUCCAGCCGUACUUUCUCGUCUUAAACAAUUCUCGGCGAUGAAUAAACUAAAGAAGAUGGCUUUACGGGUUAUAGCUGAAAGUCUCUCCGAGGAGGAGAUUGCAGGUUUGAGAGAAAUGUUUACGGCUAUGGAUACUGAUAACAGUGGUGCAAUCACAUUCGAUGAACUCAAAGCUGGAUUGCGAAGAUACGGCUCAACCUUGAGGGAUACAGAGAUAAAGGCCCUCAUGGAUGCCGCUGAUAUUGACAAUAGUGGCACCAUUGAUUACGGAGAAUUUAUAGCUGCAACCGUUCACCUUAAUAAACUAGAGCGUGAGGAACAUCUCAUCGCGGCGUUCCAAUACUUUGACAAGGAUGGAAGCGGCUAUAUUACAGUUGAUGAGCUUCAACAAGCUUGUGUCGAGCAUAACAUGACGGAUGUUUUGCUUGAGGAUAUUAUCAGAGAAGUUGAUCAAGAUAAUGACGGAAGAAUAGAUUACGCUGAAUUCGUUGACAUGAUGAAAAAAGGAAAUGGCUGGAUCGGCAGACAAACCAUGCGAAACAGUAUGAAUGUAAGCAUGAAAGAUGCACACAGUUCCCAAUAGUUUGCAGCCACGCACAUUUUGUACAGAUUGUACAGCAAAGCAACAAGAAGAAGAGGGUUAGUGUGACAAGCAAAACGGCAAUGGGGUUGCUCCCAUGGGACUGUCACCCUAAGAAUCAUAAACAUUGUAAAUUACUACUAAAUUAUUAGCAGUUGCCUUUAAUUUAAUUCCAAUUUAUUUGUAUUUGAAUAUUUUCUAUAUCAUAUCUAAUUAACAUUAAACAUUA